ACUGCUUAAUUAUUAUGCAGCCAGCGCGAGUCACUAAGCAGCGCGAUCCCGGGCUGAGACACCUCGCCUUGUCCCCGAUCGGAGUCCAAUCUCCCGGUGUCCACUGCAGGUGACAGGCGCAGGUGCACGCUUGUCUCCGUCCUUCGUAUUUUUUUUAUUUUUUUUUGCUUUUCUUGCGCGUUUUAGACAAUCGCUGGCUGAUGCUCUAGUCUCGUUGCUGCGUCCUCGUCUUUUCGUCUCCUCUUCUUCGUCACGGCGAGGUUAGGUGAGGCUGGACCCGGACACAAUUAACCAUGGCCGGAGAAACGGAGGCAACGGACAACAAGCUGCUCCAAGACGCGUUAACCAGACCCGGGAACGAGACGUGCGCGGACUGCGGUAAUUCAGAGCCGGAGUGGGCAUCUCUUCCCGUGGGCGUGUUGGUGUGCCAGGCCUGUUCUCUGCUGCACCGGAGCAUCCCUCACAUCACCCGGGUCAAGUCUGUCCAGGACACGUGGGAGCCCAGUGAAGUGGAGCUACUGGCAUCUAUGGGAAACAAUGCAGCCAAGGCCAAGUACGAGCAGAAGGUACCACCAUUCUACUACAGACCCACGCACUCUGACUGCAAGCUGCUGAGGGAGCAGUGGAUCCGUGCCAAGUAUGAGAGAAAUGAGUUUGAAUUCAUCGAGAAGCAGGAGCCUUACUCUGCAGGUUACAGAGAGGGGUUCCUAUGGAAACGGGGCAGAGACAACGGCCAGUUCCUCAGUCGAAAGUUCAUCCUUUCCGAGAGGGAGGGGGCGCUCAAGUACUUCAACAAGCAGGAUGCCAGAGACCCCAAAGCCGUGAUGAAGAUUGAGACGCUGAAUGCUACGUUCCAGCCAGCGAAGAUUGGGAACCCGUGUGGUCUGCAGAUUACCUACUUGAAGGACAACAGCACACGCAACAUCUUUGUGUACCACAGUGACGCCAAGGAAAUGGUUGACUGGUUCAACGCUAUCCGAGCAGCGCGCUUCCACUACCUGCAGGUGGCGUUUCCUGGAGCGAGUGAUGAGGAGCUUGUGCCCAAACUGACCCGAAACUUCAUGAAGGAGGGGUUCAUGGAGAAGACUGGUCCUAAGCACACAGAAGGCUUCAAGAAGAGAUGGUUUACAAUGGACGACAGGAGGCUCAUGUAUUUCAAAGAUCCUCUGGACGCCUAUGCCAGAGGAGAGGUGUUUAUUGGGAGUAAGGAGAACAGCUACACGGUGCUCUCCGGGCUGCCCCCCUCCACCCAGGGCUACCACUGGAACCACGGCAUCACCAUAGUAACGCCUGAGCGCAAAUUCCUGUUUGCCUGUGAGACUGAGGCCGAGCAACGCGAUUGGAUAGCAGCCUUUCAGAGGGUCAUCAACCGACCAAUGAGGCCACAGGAGUACGCAGUGGAAGCCCAUUUCAAACACAAACCCUGACAGUGGAAGAUGUGUUGAACUCAUUUGGACUUAUCUCCUGCAAUGUGACUGAACAGACAAACUACACACUUUUGCAAGGAGAUUCAAAACUAUAUGUGAAAACUACACUAGACCGCUGGACGCCCUGACCUCCCCUGGGACAAUAUAUUGAAAAAGAUGUCAUAACUUCCAAAUCUGCUCACUGUACCAAAUCUUUCUCUCUAAGUGAACUCUUCCCAGAAAUUUGUCUUGUUCUUCCUGUAAUCUAUGUAAUUAUGUAAUCUAAAGUCACCUCACUGGUUCCUGAACAAUUUAAACAUUGUUUAUUUAUUGAAUGUACAGUUUUGGGACAGUUAAUGUUUGUGAGCAGUGUUUACUUUAAGAAUGCUGUGGUGCGGAAACCAUUGGCACAACUCAAAUAGUAUUUAAAAGUGCUGUUAAACUGUCGAAUAUGCAUAAACAUGAACUUAAAGGAGAUAUUAUGCUAAACAGGCUUUGCUGAGCUUUUAAUCAUGUUAUAAUGUUGUUUACAUAUCACAAACAUACCUAGAAUUGUGUCUUGCUAUGUUCAUCUAUUUUCGAGUAAUGCAUUUAGUGAUUUUGUGUUAUUUAUUUUCUAUUAAAAAAAUGCAAAUACAUUACUAUGAUCAUGAGCUGUACCAGAACAAGUAUAAGACACAUAGACUAGUAUACACCCAUGGACCACUAUGAAUCUACUGGAUACUGAGGGAUUACACAGAUGCAAGGCAAGUUUAUUUGUAUCACAAUUCGUACACAGAGUAAUUCAAAGUGCGUCACAUAAGAAAGACAUUAAAGCCACAAUUCAACAAAUCAAAACAUAAAUAAUCAAAAAUAUUCAUCAUAAAAAUUAAGGAGGAGGAGAAGACUUCAGAAUAAAAUCCUUUCAGUCAUAUGCACAGCUAAACAGAACUGUUUUGAGCCUGGAUUUAAACAUUGUCAAAGUAGAGGCCUGUCUCACAUCUUCAUCUUUGGUGCUGGUCCAUGGAGAGACUUGUUCACAAGCAGAGCUGCUUUAAAGUCUAUUCUCUGAGCCACAGGAGCCAGAGACCUGAGCACAGGACACAUGUGUGAAGUACUUCCUGGUUCUAGUCAGGACCCGAGCAGCAGUGUACUGCAGCUGUCUUACAAUGAGCAGGACGUUACAGUUGUCUGAUCUACUGGAGACAAAUGACAAGUUUGGUUUUGACAGUAUACCUUUGAUUUUUGCAAUGUGUUUUUUAAUGGUAAAAAGCUGCAGAUGUUAUUGAUUUGAUGUGGCUGUUAAUGUGGCUGUGGAUGUAAGGGCACAUGGUAAUAUAAAAGAAAGUACUAUAAUGACAUGCUAUUGUCUAAAUAAAGAGUGUUUUUGUUUUUUUGUUUUUUUUACCACCAUCGUGAUAUCAAAAAUGGUAUUGAGUAUCAAAUCAAUUUCUUAGUAUUGUGUAAGAAAUUUUAGUAUUGUGAUGACACUAAAACACAGGAUUCUGAUCGAGAGGGUUGUCAUUCAAAUGUCUUCAAGUAAGUUGCUGCUCAACUGCACUGAGUAAACCAGAGAAGUGUGUGGGGGUGUGUGUGUGUGUGUGGGUGUGUGUGUGUGUGGGUGUGUGUGUGUGUGUCUCGACUCAAAGUCAUUUCCUCAGAUUUGCAUCCAAGUACACAACAUGAUAUGUUCAAAGGUAAAUCCAGAGGAAAUAUCACAAAUAUUUAUGUCCAUUCAGUGUUUUUAUAUUUUUGACAGUUCCAGUAGAUAUAAGUAUGAUCCCGUCUCGCCACAACCUUUCCAACAGUUUACCACUUUUAUUUGGCGAUCUAGUUCACUCCUUACUGUUACCAGCAGAGGGCGGUAGACUAAUGCAAGAAAUCUGUGACAUGAAAGCAACAUGUUUUAUCCAAUCAUUUUUAUUAUAUAUUUACAUUUAAGUUACAAAAUCAAAAAUUCCAAUGUCCAAAAUAACUGAAAAGCCUGGAUGAUGCAUAAUAUGUCUCCUUUAAAAACUCAGAGAUCACCACUGCUGUUAAUGUAGCCAACAGGUUUCAGCUGGUCUUCUUGUAAAUUGUAAACUCUUUUUGCUGCUUAAAAUAAUGUUAUGUAAUGGGACAGUCCAUUUUACAACAUUUUUUUUUUCAAUUUCUUGUUUACUUAAAAGAAAAAAAAAAACAUUCUAAUCAUGUGACAAAUAGUGUGAACAAGAAUGACAUGGAUUUAUUGCCAUAUACAGUGGCUAGACAUUUAGGAUUAGAUAUUAGGAAUUGAGGGAAUUAGUAACAAUGCUAACAAAGUUCAUAAUAAGAUUAAAGUGACAAUCAUAUUUAAGGAUAAUCCAAUGAUUUUAGGUUAGAAUAAAAAUUUUAUCCUUGUUGUGAAUUGAAAAAAUAAAACCAUUGUUUGUUUUUUACAUGUACC